AUGGACUCAAUCCUUAACACACGUGUCUCUCUCGAUCUCUCCUCCCACGCUCUCUCUCGAUCUCUCCUCGCUCCAUCAUCUCCCACCAUGGCUCCUCUAUCUUCUCUCUUCUCUGAUUUCGAUUGGGUUGGAUGGUCUCUCCACCGCAGCCUGCUCCUCCCAAAAAUCCCUCCGCAGCAGCCUGCUCCUCCCAAAGCUCCCUCCGGUCUCUCUUUCGCCAUCUCCGAGUGCAUUCUUGUCCCUACGGUGAUUCCAGGAUCACCGGCUGAUAGAGCCGGAUUCAAACAAGGUGAUGUUUUUGCUUCAGAUGUAUUCCUUAAAGCUGCAUUUGAUUUUUGA